UAAAAAUAGUUUAAAAAAAAACCCAAAUGCUUAAACCUUAGUGGCAUCUUAAACUUAAACCCUAACGAAAAUCCAUCGCCAAAGAAGCAGCAGCGCUCCAAGCAGGCAGCAUCAAUGGCGUGGCUAAUCCGACCCUUAAGAAGAACCCUUUUUUCUGCUUCCCUUAGAACCCCACUCCUUCAUCAACACCCAAACUCCACCUCCUUUUCCAACUCCAGAAACUACAUCUCCGAUAUGCGUAAGUCUGCUUUCCAAGACAACAUUUUGAGGCUCCUUCGCAAAGAAAUCCAAUACGAGCACGAUCACUGCCCUCCAAAACAACCCACGACCAGAUUCAAUUCUUUUACCGUUGAUGACCGAUCAGGAGAACAAUGGAUUAGAUUGAAAAGAAAAUUCGGAGAAAAAGAAGAUAUUACAAUUGAUGUAACCAUGUUUGACGGGUCUGUUACUGUCCCUGAUUCUGGUCAAGUACAGUCUGAUGAGCAGCUUCAUAUAACAUUUAUUGUCAACAUCUCUAAGGGGGAUGAUAGUGAUGUCUUGGAGAUUGUCUGCUCAGCUUGGCCAAAUACCAUAGAGAUCCAAAAAUUUUAUGUUCGCGGGUGUAAUAGGACAGCGAUUCAUCCUUACAUUGGUCCAGAGUUCAAGGAAUUGGAUGAACAACUGCAGGACUCACUUUAUGAGUUCUUGGAGGAAAGAAGUAUAAAUGAUGAACUUGCAAUAUUCUUGCAUGAAUACAUGAAAAACAAAGAUAAAACUGAGAUCAUUAGAUGGUUGCAAACUGUCAAAUCUCACAUUGAGAAGAAAUAGAGCAGUUUUUUUUGCUGUGUUCAUUUUGACUUGUUGCUGUUUUAGUUAACAAAAUCAUUACUUGCUAUACCAAUUCUAUCUGUGCCUCCAUUACAAGAAAUUGUGUUUGUGUAAAGCUUGAUGAAUCUAUUACUUGCCAAUAUCAACCCAAC